UUUCCAGUCAGUCUUUCCAGUUUCCUUGACAUCCACCUGCUUUUGUUCAACCAAUAGGCUCUCUGGCGCGGUGACAUCUCAGGUAUAUAAAAGGCUAAAGAUAAAUUGUUGUAGUCACUUUGAAAGAAAGACGCAUCUUCAACAAUCAUGGUGUCGCGCCGAUCACUUACAAUUGACACUGAGAAACCGACCAAGACGACAUACGUUGUCGGAACGGAGUUGACGGUGAAUUUAAACAGGUGUGCCCCACCAGAGGCCAAGUUCUUCUCAAUAAAAUGUACCCCAAACGUGCAUUACAAGGUCACGCCCCCGACCAAGGACAAAAACACCCUUCCGCAGCCCUUCACCCCAAACUCUAUCCUCAUCAUCACCAUGGACACAGUCAGUGAGACUGCAUUUGACAGCAAGUUAUCUGUGAGGUACUAUGGGGAGAAAUCAGAGACUCUUGUGGACGCCGUGCUGCAUCUGACUGCUGUUGAGAUAUCUCUGGACGUAGAUGCCGAUCGAGAUGGCGUUGUUGAGAAAAACAAUCCAAACAAGGCAUCCUGGAAAUGGGGUCCUAAUGGCCACGGUGCAGUUUUGCUGGUUAACUGUGACUCCGAGACCAUAUACAAGAAGAAACUGGACAGUGAGAAUAAUGAGAUCAGUAAAGUCUCGGAUUUGCAGGACAUGUCCAAGAUGAUCUUGCGUACCAACGGGCCAUCUCAACUGCCUGAAGGCUAUAAGCUGAGCAUGUACAUCUCACAGACCACUUCAGAGAGCGUGAGAGUCUUCAGACCUCGGACAAAUGUACAAAAAGACAAUGUGUGGAAGUACAAAUUGCUGAAGUUGUUCCUGAAAGAUUAUCUCAUGGUGGUGGGAAUGAAGAAGCUGACGCAGGAAGUGCCCUAUCUGGGAGGAAACACCGAACUGGUGUUCUAUGUAGAAGGUCUUCGCUUCCCUGAUAAAGACUUUGAUGGGCUCAUCACCAUCAACCUUAGUCUACUAGAGCCCAGUGGCAAGGAUAUCCCUGAAACACCCAUCUUUACAGAUAAAGUCAUUUUUCACAUUUCGCCCUGGAUCAUGACCCCUAACACCCUCAAACCUGUUGAGGUGUAUGUGUGCAGCACAACUGAUAACUACAAGUUCCUGAAGAGCAUUAAGAACCUGGUGGAGAAGAGUGGCUACAAACUGAAGAUAUGUUACGAGUACAUGAACCGAGGUGACCGCUGGAUGCAGGAUGAGAUUGAGUUAGGCUACAUUGACUCUCCUCAUCAUCGGUUUCCUGUUGUACUGGAUUCUCCUCGUGAUAGAGGCCUUCAGGAUUUCCCCUACGAGUCCCUGCUGGGACCAGACUUUGGGUAUGUGACACGGCAUGCUUUGAAUGAGGAGGUGAGCAGUCUGGACUCCUUUGGUAACCUGGAGGUUACUCCACCAGUCACAGUGAACGGGAAAAGUUACCCACUCGGCAGGAUUAUCAUUGGAGUGGCGUUCCCUACUGCAACAGGUGGGCGCAACAUGACCCAAGUCGUCCAAGAUUUCUUGUGGGCACAGAAGGUUCAAGAGCCAAUAGCGCUCUACUCUGAUUGGCUGGCUGUGGGUCAUGUGGACGAGUUCAUGACCUUUGUCCCAGCCCCUGACCGAAAGAAAUUCCGGUUGCUGCUGGCCAGCCCCGAUGCCGGAUACAAAGUUUUCAAAAGCUUACAAAACAAAGGACAUGGAAAAUUGGAAAUGUUUCCAGGUAUGCCAGAGGCCAUUUCUGUUAAUGAGAUCCUGAGUGACAAAAAGCUACAGGCUGAAAACCGAUACGUGCAGAGCUGUAUUGACUGGAACAGGGAUGUGCUGAAGAAAGAACUGGGGUUGGAUGAAGAGGACAUCAUCGAUUUGCCCAUCCUGUUUAAAGUUAUAGAAGAAGAAGAAGAGAAGAAAUCGAUCCCUAGGGUGGCGGCUUACUACCCCGACAUGGUGAACAUGAUCGUGUUGGGGGACCAGCUGGGCAUCCCAAAACCUUUUGGGCCCCAGGUAAAAGGCCAGUGUGUCCUGGAGACAGAGAUGUGUUCUCUUCUGGAGCCUCUAGGCCUCAAAUGUACCUUCAUUGAUGACUUUGCCUCGUACCACAAACUUCUGGGUGAAGUUCACUGCGGUUCCAACGUUCGUCGAGAACCAUCCCCUUUCAGAUGGUGGAACCUAGACCUGUGAGAGAGAGAGACUAGGAAGAAGAGAGACCUGUCAAGUGCCUACUAUGUCUAAAACAGGAUUAACGGGUGUUUUAAACUAGUUCAUUCUAGCAAUAAACAAUGCAUAUAGCCUUAACCUUUCAGCAAAAUGGGAUAAUACAUCUAAAAAUGGAAACUCUGUCAUCAUUUACUCACCCUCAAGUUGUUCAAGCAGCUCUUUUGUAUCUCUGCUUUUGUUGCACCCGCAUAUUGAGAUUUGAGAGCUAUGGAUUUCAGCAAAUGCAACUUGAAGACAGCAAAUCGUAUACUUUUGGAAUGACAUGAGUGUGAGCAGAUGAUGACAAUUUUGUGAUCUUUAAUAACUUUUUAAUAGUUUUUCAAACUUUCCUCUGACAACCAGGUCUUUUAGCUGCACAGCUAUUCCUCAGGCUGCAGUGGUGCUGCUUCAGCAUUUCUAAAAAAUAAAAAUUAAGGGCUUACAAAUAGGAAUAAUGCUUUGAACAGUGGUUCAAAGUAAUGAUAACCACUUCAAGCUUAAGAAACAUGUCUGUCAAGAGUUGUAUUUGUUAACGUUAGUUAAUGCUAAAGAUUAACAAAUACAGUAACAAAGGUAUUGCUCAUGGUUAGUUCGUUAGUUAAUACAUUAACUAAUGUUAACAAAUGAACCUAAUUGUGAAGGGUUACCAAUCAACCAUGAAUGUUCACUCUGUUUUACUCUCACUAAUAAUGACUGAGAAAUUGAUUUUAUAAUUGGUGAUUUACAGUCUUGGAUGAUUUUCCAAAGUAAUAUACAUUAAAGCAAUAAAUAAACAUUCCAUGAACCCUUUGAUCUUUAUUAAA